CCGGUUAUGGACAUCCGCCAAUUGAUUUAUAACACUAUCAUGUACGAGUAUUAUAUGACAAGAAUCAUCCAACUAGGACCAUUAACGAACUCUCGUCACAUUACAUAUUUUACACAUCAUCGUCCAAUGGACACUGCAAAAACAAUUUACAGAAUUUUAAUAAAAAAUCAGAAAAGGAACCUUCGAAUCUUUGGCCUUUAAGCAACCUUUGGCUGAAGCGAUUCUACUAUUCUCCUCCCCUUUUUAACCCUUUAUUUAUCACAUAUACCCAGCUGUUCCUUUUCUCAAUGCCUCUCAUAUAUAGAUGUUAAAACAAUGCAAAGUACAAUUAACUUUCAAACAUGAAACGUCCAUUUAUGAGACAUUGACAAGAGGCAUGUCGAGAACAAGAGUACGAGCCGUGACCCAUCAAGAUCUUGUUCCAAGCCCUAAAACUACCGAUCUCAGCAGCAAAACUGGUAUUUUCGUCGUGGUUUUGACCAUAAUCUUUGGUCUCUCCUGCUUUGUUCUCUGUCUCUAUGCCGAAGCCACGAGAUCUCAGGUAACAAGGGUAAGCAGCACGUGCGUGUACAACGGUAGCGGUAAAACGCCGUUGUUGUGCGGUGUGAUUGCGUUCGUGGGACUAGCGGUGGCGAUGGUGGGUUUGCACAUGUACUUACUUAUCGCAGUCACCACAUCGCCGCUUGUUCUGGCUACGUGGGAUCCUGGCUCUACUCCUGCAAAGACACUCACUUAUCAAGCAGCCUUCUUCUUCGUCUCAACGUGGCUUUGCUUUGGUGUUGGAGAGGUUCUACUAUUGGUGGGACUUAGUGUGGAGUCAGGACAUCUAAAGAACUGGUCUAAGCCAAAACCUAGUUGUCUAGUAAUUCGACAAGGCUUGUUCUCAGCCGCAGGUGUGUUCUCGCUUUUAAGCGUCUUUCUAGCCACGGGACUUUACCUAAUGGCUCUUCAAGCACAUAGAAUCUCUAAAGACCUCGAAAAUACACACAGAGUAAUUCUUGAGGCAUCAGUUCUUUAUGCAUCUCCUCCAAGAUCGCCCACGAAUCGGAUGGCUACGGUAGCUCGAGAAGCUCCAGCUACGGUUAGAGAUGAGUUGACUUCUUUGGGAUAUCUUGUUUCUCUAAAGGAACUUGCAUAAAUAGCGUAGUGUAUAUAUUAUUUUACGGGAUCUAAUUUUAACUAAAAAUGAAGGCAGGGUCUCCUAAAAUCAUUCAUCACAACUUUUUUUCCUAAAUAUUAUUUACAGUUGAAUAACACUGGAUUUGAUUUACUUUUUAUAAAUUGUUAAUUGAAUAACAAGGGAUUACAAGUGAUUUUCAAUAACUUUGCACAAAUCUCAUGUUGAAUAACACUUGAUUUGGAAAGAGUUUUUAAAAUCACUAGAUUUUUUACUCGCGCU